GGCGAAAAUUGGUUAUAUAAUAAAAAUUAAUGAAAAUGAUUAUGAGCAGACGUGUGUUUUUCUCCUUUUCUUGCAACUGGAAAGUUUUAACUAAUGAGGAGGUUUGGGAUUCAAAACCCAAUUCUGGCGUCAUUUCUUCUUCUUCUGUUUCUCUUCAUCUCCAACUGUUUUGCUUCGAGUCAAAACGACGACGUUGAUGAAAGCUCCGGGUUCGAGCAUGAACGGGUUAGGAUCCGGGUCGGGUUGGUUUUGGAUUUGGGUUCCGUGGAGGGGAAGAUGGUGGGAAGCUCUGUUUCCAUGGCGCUUUCCGAUUUCUACGCCAUUAACAGUGAUUACAGAACACGAAUCUCUCUCUCACUCAGAAACUCCCACGGAGAGCCUCUCCUUGCUCUCGCUUCUGCUGUAGAUCUGCUGCAAACUGUAGGAGUCGAAGCGAUUAUUGGCGGGAAUUCGUUGCUGGAAACGAAGCUUUUGGCGGAGAUUGGGGAGAAAGCCAGUGUUCCUGUGAUUUCACUUAACUCUCCGAUUUCAUCGUCAUUGAGCAAAUACAGCCACUUGAUCCAAGCGACACAUGAUUCCUCCUCCGAGGCAAAGGGAAUCACAGCUUUCAUCCAUGAGUUUGAUUGGAACAGUGUUGCUCUAAUCUACGAGGAUGACGAUGACUGGAGAGAGAGUAUGCAACUCAUGGUUGACCAUUUCCAUGAAAACGGCGUUCGAAUACAGUCCAAAGUUGGUUUUACAGUCUCUUCAAACGAGGAAUUGAUGACGGAUCGCUUACGAAAUUUGAAGGACUCGGGGACGACUGUCUUUGUGGUGCACUUGUCUGAGCUUAUUGCAACUCGUCUCUUCCCAUGUGCUGAGAAAUUAGGGAUGAUGGGUGAAGGGUUUGCUUGGAUCCUCACUGCCAAAACCAUGAACAGUUUCCAUGAGAAGACUGACGAUUUUUCCAAAGAGGCGAUGGAAGGUGUGGUUGGUUUCAAGUCUUACGUUCCAAUGUCUAAAGAGCUUCACAAUUUCACUUGGAGAUGGAGAAAGUCACCGUUUUUUGAAGAAAUUGUUGGGUCUGAGAUGAUAACUCGUUUGAGCAUCUCUAGCGUAUGGGCUCACGAUGUAGCCUGGGCACUUGCGAGAGCAGCGGAAGUCGCAAUGAUGUCGAAUGUAUCAUCAACUCUCCUUGAGGCAAUCACAGAGACUAGGUUCAAGGGUUUGAGUGGUGACUUUGAGUUAGACGAUAACAAGUUCUUGUCAGACAAGUUUGAGAUUGUGAAUUUGAUAGGAUCAGGUGAGAGAAGGGUAGGAUUCUGGAGUUCUAACGGUAGUUUCAGCAACAGAAGACAUUUGGCUUCUUCUACUCAUAACAAGCUAGAGACCAUAAUCUGGCCCGGUGGGUCUGCCCAAAGCCCGAAAGGGCGCAGUAUAGGAGAAAGCAAUAGAAAAAAGCUGAGAGUUUUGGUAACAUCUAGCAACAGAUUCCCAAGAUUGAUGAAUGUGACGACUGAUCAGGUAACAAAUGAUAUAACUGUCGAAGGUUUCUGUAUAGAAGUCUUUAGAGAUUCCAUGAGACCUUUCAACUAUGAACUGGAGUUCAUACCUUGGCGCAAUGGAAGUAACUACGACAAUCUUGCAUAUGCACUCUAUAGCCAGAAGGACAAAUAUGAUGCGGCGGUGGGAGAUAUUACAAUCACUCACAACAGAUCGAUGUAUGUUGAUUUUACGAUGCCGUUCACCGAAAUGGGUCUUGGAAUCGUAGCGCCAAAGGAGAGAAGCAUGUGGGUGUUCUUCCAGCCUCUAACACCGGACCUUUGGAUGACAAGUGCAGCUUUCUUUGUCUUGACGGGCAUUAUAGUUUGGUUGAUAGAAAGAUCUGAGAACCCUGAGUUCCAGGGAUCUUGGUCUAAACAGAUUGGAGUUGUGCUUUGGUUUGGCUUCUCCACCCUCGUUUAUGCGCACAGGGAGAGGCUAAAACACAACUUGUCAAGAUUUGUAGUUACAGUUUGGGUGUUUGCAGUGCUCAUAUUGACUGCAAGUUACACUGCAACGUUGACAUCAAUGAUGACGGUGCAACAGAUACGGUUCAACUCAAAUGAAGACUUCGUGGGUCACCUUUCGGGUUCCCUCAUAGCAAAUGUGGCACUCACUAGUUCCAGCCUCCGAGCAUUGAGAUCCACGGGUCUCAAUAGUGCUCAAGAUUAUGCUCAAGCCUUGUUGAACAAAUCUGUAUCAUUUGUUGUCGAUGAGAUGCCAUACCUCAAGGUCCUCCUUGGCGAGAAUCCUGCACAGUUUCUCAUGGUCAAGACACAGUGUACCACCAAUGGUUUCGGCUUUAUGUUUCAAAAGGGAUCCGAGUUGGUGCCUAAUAUAUCCAGGGAGAUCUCCAAGUUAAGGACGAGCGAGAGGCUAAGCGAGAUGGAGAAAAGAUGGUUCGAGAACCAGCUUCCAUACACAACAGAUGAUACAUCAAAUCCUAUAACUCUUUACAGAUUCCGCGGUUUGUUUAUGAUCACGGGAGUUUCAUUCGCUUUCGCUUUUUCUGUACUCCUCAUUCUCUGGCUCCGAGACAAAUGGGAAGAUCUUGUGAAUUCGGUGAACAUAUUCCUCUCACGACGACUUGUACAUUGGAGGAUCCUCUUCGCAAGAACUAUCCAUCCCAGUCCCCUCGAUGACCCCAUUGGCGACAAUGCGGUUCAGAUGGCUCAACGUAACUGACAAUAGGAACUGAUUCACAGAUAGCAAAAGGGUACGUUACCAUUCCUAGCAUCUCUAAUAAAAGUGAAGUGGAUGCUCCUGUUCUUGUGCCUGAAGUCUAUAGCUUACACGAUUGUUGUGGUGUGGUUCGUCUCUGAUUCUUGACCCAAACAGGCUUAAGCGUGAAAAAUACAAAGGAUGUUUUUGCUUGUAAAUUGUGUAGAUGUAAUCUAUUUCACACUCUGAUUAUUAACCUGUCUAAAUUGUGUAGUGUCUUCCAUAUAUUUUUGUUCUCCGAUGAAUAAAACUAGGCUUUAUUUUGGGUUGGGCUUAAAAAAUCAAAGAGCCCAUAAGCAUUUUUAUGAAGAGAAGAAAAGAGAACAAACAAA